AGGAAGGUAGAGGUUGAGGUCUGCAUAUUAUUAACAUGUUAUUAUUGAAGGUGUUUAGAUAUUGAUCCUGUAUUUCGUGUUAGUUACAAACUCGCGUCUUGGACACCCAGUUUAAACUGUACUAUUGUAUACACAUAUACGUUAGGAAAAAUCGCGAAAAUGCCUAAAAGGAGGUCACCAGAAGAGGCCGAUGGUGCGGCAGUGAAAAAAGAGCCAACAAGAAGAUCCCAGAGGUUGUCGGCGAAAGUGUCCGAACCGACACCGGAGCCCAGGCCUAAGAAGGCCGCCGUCAAGAAGGCGGCGGACGACAAGAAGGGCAAGAAAGGAGGGAAGGGGAAAAAGGAGGAGAAGCCAGAGGACGUGCCAGCUGAGAACGGCGAAACCAAGACAGAGGAGGAAACUGAGGGAGCCGAGCCCGCAGCGGAGGGGAAGGAAUGAGCGGGACGUCUCACACACAAAACUUUCAGUUGGAUUUUAUGCACCUCUUGUACAAUGGGAAAGAAGGAUAUUUUUUAUCAAGUAUUUUGUAAAUGCUAAUUUUUUUAGACCCCCCCCCCCCCGUGGUAGUGGGAUUUAAACCAGUUGUACACUGUUCAUACUCUCAUUCUUCGGUUAGCGCCUCUGUUCCUUAAAGCCUCCUCUUCACCUCUUCAAAACCCAGCACAAGGCGUGAGCGGUUUGUUUUAAACAUGGCCGACGGCAGCGGGCGGGGCGAGACGGUUUUGGGCCCGGCGAGUGCCGCAGGGUCACCAGCAACGCUAUCACGGCUCAUUUCCUCUGCAGCUCCGAUCUCCACAUCCUGCACGGCCCCUCGCACUCUGUCCUUAAUUUCGGGCAGAGAAUUUAAGCGGGUUUACGGGCUCCGUCAUUUCUGUGUGCGCGAGAGUGUCAGCUCCGGAGAUUCUCAUGAGAAUUUUUGUAGCCGUUAUUUUCGAAAACGCGACAGGAAUUUAGACGAAUGACCCCCCCCUGCCGCCGCCGCUGUGUUGAUUUUGUUUUACCUUUCCUGUAGAGCUUGUUGGGACUUGUGUAUGUUUUCAGACAAUUUUUUUAAAGAUUCUUAUUACUGUGACUAUUUUAAUCUUUAAGGCAGUUUUACAUAGCAAUAAUGAGUGGUGCUUUGUACUAAAAGUUUCUGUGGUUGGCAAAAGCAGUGCAGAUAGUUGUGAUCAUUCACCGCCUGUUUGGGAUUUACUUCCUGGAACUAUUUUAAGAAAAAAAUAAAAGAGAAACUUGUCUUGUUUGCAGUGUGAA